CGGGCUUGUCCUUACGCGCGGAUAUCAGAAAUUAUUCCAACUAAAUAUCAUAAUAUUAAUAUCAUUAUCAUAUUUCGAACGCAACAAUCGUUUUUUGUUUCGAACACAUACUCGUCUCUGGCACGAUGUCACUCAAGUUGGCAGUUGCGUUGUUUUUCGCCGUGACAACUGUCGCACACUGUGCAAACAUUUUAGAUUACUUUGACUUUGAAGACGGGAAGAAGCUGAUAGAGGUAGCGGAGAAGCGCGAAGACCAGAAUGACAGGAGUUGCGCAUGCAAGGGGCCGGCCUGUGUUUGCUGUGUCAACUUUAACAUUACCUUUAUUGACCUCGGUGGUCCAGGUUGUGUUCACAUGAAAUAUCUGUCUCCUGAGGAUGGCUUUUCUGUGAACGUUUCUUACGGCAAGAACCUCAUCCACAGCGCUAAAAUACAAGGCACGAACCCUGCACCAAUAUGCCUCGAAGUGAUAGGCAAGUUCGCCCAAGUGUGCGCCAAGUUUAGCGACAUGGCGCCGACUGCCGAUGGACUGAGAGGUUGUCUGGAGCUGGAGCCGAGGAUCUUCGGGGACAAGCAGCUGGAAUUCCCGAUCGGCUGCUUCAGGUCCAAAUCCGGGGGAAUGGAGAUGGAAGACCCACCAGAAGAGACUGAAUCUACCACCCAAGAUGGCGAAGAUAGCACCGAAGAAGAGACCCCAGCAUUUAAUGCGGAGUCUUUCCUAAUGGAAAUAUACCAGACAGCUGAGCAAGGUGUCGCCUUUCUAUCGAGCUUAUUAGAUCUACCGAACAAACUGAACGGAACCAAACCAGUUGUUCCAGAAACCACCACGGUCAAAACGCAAGAGGAAGGCGCAGACAACUCUCAAACGAGAGGACCAAAGAGCUUGAAACAUCCUAACCAAUUGUGAUAUUAAUAAGGACAUAUAAAUUAAUCAAGUACAAACUCAGGCUAUAGUGAAAAUUAGCACUGCAUGCGAGAAUGUUGAAAGUGUGCGCCGAUCCUAUUUAUUGCUUUAAGUUAUGUAAACGACGC